GAGUCGUGUGCCGGGUUUCUUUCAACAGUGUGAAAAAUUGUGUGUUGGAAUGGAGAGUAUGGUAUGUCAAAAAACUGUUCACCUAAUGACUCUGCAACGCGAACGAAUUUCGGACUGAGCCUGGGAAAUGAGGUGUGAAGAUGAGUUGUUCACCGUCCGCUCGCACUAUAAUCUGCAAUGAAAUAUUCGAUGAAAACAGUCUUCCAUCUGAAGAAGAGGUUCACGACUACGCAGUGAAGAUCGGCAUCGAUCCGGAUAGCGAGCCGCAUCUGCUGCACCUGGCGCGGGAUGGUCUCAUGCAAGCGCUACCGCCGGGUUGGAAGCCGUGUUACGACGAGGAGUUGCAGUCGUGGUACUACUUCAACUUCAAGACCGGCGAGUCUCGGUGGGAGCACCCGCUGGACGACGUGUAUCGCCGGCUGGUGGUGAAGGGCCGCUCGGAGAGCAUCAGCUCUGCAGGAGAGGAAGACUCAAAGACAUCACUGAAAGAAGAACUGAGGAGCUACGAGGAAGGGUUGGGUUCUGAAGGACUGGGCAGUACAGGUGCAAAACCAACUGGCAUCACCUACUUAAAGAAGAGCUCCAUACAACUGGUGGGUUUCCCCAAUGCACCACUGAAGAAAUCACCCCUGUCUCCAGUUGUUGCACUUCCUGGUACCAUGGUAGCUACCGGUGGACGGGUUCAAACAGCAACGCCAGGUGGGCGUGCGGAACCACUGAGAGUAGACCUCCGCUCACCUUCUGACAGGGAGGUUCUACCACUUAGCCGCAAUCGAAUCGACAUCGACAAAAUGGGAGCGGCGACGUUGCUCGGUCGCCCGUCGCCCGGUCCCAUCGACAUCGACAAGAUGAGUGUGGCACCCUUACUGGGAGAGAGUGGGGACGGCACGGCGAUGGUGACAUCUGCAUCCCGGAGGUCGGCUCUGCCCCCUUCUGCACAGGAGAAGCAUCCCCGCAGUCUCGUCCAGCAGGGCCGUGGGGAGCUCAAGCUCUCAGGUGGUGGCUCAGUUUUCCUCAAAUCACGCCAACAACAACACCAGCAGCAGCAGCACCAGCAGCAACAAGCUGCAACAGCAACCACACCUACAUCAGAAGACACUCCUGCUCCAGCAAGUGGCGCGGGUGGAUCGGGAGACGAGUCUUCCGUGCGACGAGGCAUUCUUCGAGAGCAGCGGUCCGGCUCCACUGAGACCAGAGAUGACUCGGCACGGUCCAGCACACCACUGUGGGAGAUGAACCCGGCACACAUGACAGGUGAACAGAAACAGCAGUGGAGGCGGCAAGAGCUGGAGGACGAGCAGAGAAAGAGCGUGCGCUUCAAUCUCCUCGACUCUGCUGAUCUGGACAUCCGAUUUCAGACAUCUGACAACGAAAAUGAUGAAGAAAAUGGGUCUGAGGACUAUGAAGAAGAGAGAAUAGAGAACAAUAAAGAAGAAACUUGGGAUUCAGAAGAGGAGGAUGAGAGAAAAGUAGAGAAGAGCCCUACACCCAUGAAGAAAGUUACAGUUUCUAUUCCAGAUGUUCGACAUUCAUCUGCAGACUGUAGGGAUGAAGAGAAGGAAGACAUAUCUAUAAAUGAGGAUUUGUGCCCCAUAGACAACGAGUGUAAAUUGGAAACACAGGUUGAACGAGUGGAACAUGCAUCGGAAUCUAUAUCUGGUGAACCUGUAAUGGUUUCAGAGACUCGUGAUGGACGCGAAGUCCCCGUUCGAGAAACUGACGCUAGUGUUAGUGAAAGGGACGGAGAACGUCCAGUGACGUGGAUGGCAGAAGUGAGUGUUGUACAGUCAACUGUGAUAUAUGACCAGGCACCUGAAAACAAUAUAAAGGACAAUGUAGCUAAUGAAGACACUGAGGGUCAUGGAGCAGCUGUGGUCAAGGAAGAACAACAGAUGGAGGAAAUGGAAGAAGUAGAGGAGGAGGAAGAGGAGGAGGUGGAAGAAGAAGAGGAAGAUGAGGAUGAGGAUGAAGAACAGGCAGAAUAUGUAAGUGGAAAAGAAGCCAAUCGAAGUGGAGAAACGGAUUCAAAGGAUCACAGUACAGGAAGUAAAGGGAAGGAAAAUGCUUUGAAAGAGGAACAAAAAGUACAAAGUAAGAUGCCAUCUGAUGAGGUAGAUGUUUCUGAACCCAAAGGAGCAGUGCACACAGAUGAGAUGGGCCAAAGUGAAGAGGACGAGGCAGCACACGUCAUCGUCAAUGAUGGGGCAGGCGAUAACAACGUGUCCGACGGUGGUGGCGAGUCUAGUGCGGAAGGUGAAAGAGCUCCACCCGUGCCGAAACAUAAAAUUAUUUUACGCCGCAUACUCGUGCAGAGCGACACUGUGACAGAAAGUGAAGACAUGGUGAGUGCCAGGGAAACGGUGGCGCAGGAAGACGAAGCCGUGAAACGGGACACACCCGUCGGAGAGAAGUGUGACGCUUUGAAAGGUGAGGCGGCGGUGAAGGGUGAAGGUGUCUCCAGGAGCGACGGCAUCUCCAAGAGCGACCCUCUCACGCGGAGUGACAUAGGUACCAAAAGUGAAGGUCUCUCGAAGAGUGACCCACUUACGAAAAGUAGUGAAGGUGUCAGUGCAAGUGAACGAGUUAUACGAAGUGAAGAAGCAGACGGGGCAGCUCCGGAAAUACCUGCCGCAGCACAGGACGCUGGUGGGAAGGAAGCAGGGAAGGGAGAACCGGCAGCAGCACUGAGCGAGAGGACUACGCAGAGCGAAGCCUCUGAGGUGACGGCCCAGAGCGACGAGUCGAGCCGCGAGGAGAGGGACGAGCCGGUACCGAGCGCCAGGUCUCUGCCGGUGGAUGGAAAAGCUGCGGCCAGUCCUGUCAGGGCAGUGCACAGCGAAGAAGCAGGAGGCAACAGUGCUGCAGGACUAGCCCUAAGUAGAAGUGAGACUGUAGAAACUUCACCAGAAAGGGACAUGGCCAAUGGAACUGCAUCAACAUCUGACAGCAGUCCACUCCCAAAACUGGUUCGGGUGCUGAAGUCCACAGUUUUCAAGUCAUGCGAAAGUGACCUUCAAAUGCACCUCCACCAGUCAGGAUUUCUGGAGGGCCAUGGGAAGCCGGAAGACACGGUAGCGUGCACCACCACCGCGACCACGACCACCAGCAGUGGGACCAGCAUCGACGUGGAUGUGAGGAAGGAGGCGAACCUGCGGCUCAAGGAGAGGCUGCAGGAGAUGGAGCGACAGGCGGCCGAGACUGUCCGGCUGCACCGGGAGAAGCUUCAGGCUCAGGUGGAUGCUGCUGUACAGGAGCUGGAGGCGGAGCAGGAACAAAGACUUUCAGAGCUGGCUGAACGACUGGCACUGAAGGAAGAAGUGGAACGAGAGAGGAUUAUCAGUGAAUCCCGGUGUCGACUGGAUGCUAUCAGGGUCAACACAGAGCAGCAGGAGCGUAUUCUCAGGGCAGAGUGCGAAGUGAGGCUGCAGCAGCUAGAAGCAGACUGCAGGGCACGGCUGGAGGCAUCGCAACGGGCACGCGCUGAGGAGAUGGCGAGGAUAGAGGCGGAGGAUGAGGCGCAGCUGCGGGAGGCGCGCGCACGGCUGGCUGCCAAGCAGGCGGAGCUGCAGCGACAGGUGGACGCUGCGAUCGCCGAGAGGGAGGCCCUCCUGGCCAAGCACAGGAAGGAGUUAGCUGACCUGGAGAAUGAAGUGCGGCCAGAGCAGUUGUCGGAGGAGCACAGGGAAGCCUUGGACAAGCUGCGUGCAGAGCAGGAGGCGGCCCUCGAGAGGAUCAAGGCGCAGUUCCAGCACGAGGAGGAAGCUGUGCGGCAAGAACACGCAGAACGUUUGGAAGAGCUCAAAGUCCGUUUGGAGCUUGAGCGUCAGAGACUGUGGGACCGAGGUCUAGUUGAUGACAAUGAAUCUGCAAGACAACAACUAGUUGAAACCUCAAGGGUCUUUGAGAAACUGCGUUGUGAGAAACGAUUGUUGGAAGAUAAGUACAGAACCUUGAAAGAGAAGUACCUGCGACUGAAAACAGACGUGAAGAUCUCAAUGGAAAGGAGAAAACGGCGGGAAGCUGCUUUGAAUUCUGGUGGAACGGGGUCAGAUUCGGAGCGCAUCGUGUCCCAGCGGGCUACUGGCACAUCAGGCCCUGUGUUUGAAAGGUCAAAGUCUCUGAACACUGAGAAAUCACGGUCAGCAGCAGACCGCCAGCGCCAACUCUCGACGGCGGCGGAAGACACCGUCAUGGCGAACCGCGGUGGCAACGGCCCGGCCCAGCAGCAGACGCAGGCGCAGCCAGGGGCGGGCAAGUUGCUGACAGGUGAGGCGAGAGAUGCACACAACACAAAUGACAUCAAUAAAGGAGGCACCAAUGGGAGCAGCAACAACAACAACAACAUCAACAAUACAGCUGGCAACAACACCAACUCCAACACCAACAAUAACAGCACUCGGCGGCGGCGACAGCUGUUCAGUCGACACCACAGCACCCCGACAGCGCGAACAACUAACAAUAACGCUGCCAACAACAACAACAAUAUAGCACACUCUAUUGACGUCGACAUUGAUGGUGAGAUCAAUGGUGAUUGUGGCAGAAGCUGUUCGCCUGUUGAAAACUUGCGCCGCCAGCUGCGGACCCUUGAAGACCUCGAAGACCAGUUCCCAGCUGCUAGCCACACAGACACAUACCUGCGCUACCCUUUCUCUGACACAGGGAAGUUUGGCAGCUCAGAGCUCGAGUUCUUCCGACAUCGCAUUCACCUAGAACGGGACUCGGUUCGUCGGGCUAAAGAUUUUUUGCGGAUGCAGCGAGACAGUUUCCAGGCUCGACAGAAUGAGCUGAGGCAGAGGCAAGAAGGGAGAGGACCAUCUGCGAGGUCUAUGCUUGAUCAGUUAUAUAAGGAGGAGCGGGAGCUGACGGACAUGGAGGUGAGCCUGCACCGCACCAAGAGCCUGCUGGGGGAGAAGAUCAUCCGGCUGCGCCACCUCGAGCAGUCCUUGCAGCGGGCCGGUGAGAUUGCACCCGACGGCCAGGUGGACAACGCACAUCCUAUCUCCGGUGGGCCAGGAGGGACAACACUCAGUGACCUCUCAUCUCACAGUGGGAGCUCUGGGUUCAGUAGCACAGAGCUUGCAACAGACACACAAGGUCAAGUUAAUGACAUGACUCGCAGAGGGGCCCACUAUCAGGAGUCGACAGAGAUCAUUAAGAGCCUGGAGAACCUUAACACUGAGAUUAGAGAGAUAUGGGAUGUCCUCAACAAGCAGCAAAAGGAUGGAAAUAUUGCAUCAAACAGCCUGCCACCUCCACCACCCUUGGCGUACACGUGGGUGCCUCCCGUUACGGUGCCGGUGGCAGUUCCCGCGUACCACCACCCACCACCACCAGCUCAGCUUCGGCGCUACGGAGGAGUACCCGACACCACCCCCACUCAGUCGGGCCUCGACCGUUCGCUCGUGGAGCGGACGCGCAGCCUGAGGGACUGGUUGCGGCAGGCUCGACUCGACGGAAAUGCGGCACGGGGCGUGCCUCCAGGGCCCGGCCAGACUCGUGUCACGACCGCUGCUAUCUGAGCUACUCAGCUCAGCUACCUCGUUCCCUGUCAAGUGGCAACACAUUCUUAAGCACAACUGUACAGUUUGCUGCUCUCCGCAUACUGCAAUAUUUCCAAUUUAAAAUCAUCUUAUGUUCAGAGAUAGGAGGUAACUCUUACUGCAGCCAUAUUCAAACCAAUUUAGUUGUAUGCUUGCGAGCAGUAGACAACUGUUCCACCUGCCACCCCUUCCCUGUCAAUUUGCUCGAGAGCUCGUGUUUCGUUGUAACUUUUACAAAAAUGAUAUUCUCUCUGCAAAAAAUGGCCACACUUGGGAGUAUAGUAUCACUGCCUAAUGUUUUCACCCUACUCAUCUAGACAAACACUCAUGUACUAUCAGUGGUAUAUUGAGAGUUUUUUUCUGAAUGUAGCACAAACAAUAUUGAAUGCAAGACAUUAUUAGCAAAUAUUAUGUUUGUGUCACACAAAAUUAAACGUGUAUCAGUUGUUGAACAGUGUCAAAAAGUUAAAGAGUUUUAUAAUAUCAUCAAGUUAACAAAUGAUAUGUAACAUUUGUAACCUGCUUCUUGUGAGAUACAUUCCCUAUUCCCAUGAAAACACAGUAUUCUCAUUUAUUCAAACUUUGCAUAUGCAAGAGUAUCAAAAAACACUGAUGUUCUGGACUUCUACAAGUGAACUAAAUGAAGUGAAACCUUUCACAGAAAGGUGUUUCUGUUAAUGCAGGAAAUACCAGAACAAUGGGUCAUGUUUCCAUAUGAAACAUUUUACAGCGUCCUGUUCAGUUUUCGUGUCAGAAUAUAUUUGGUGUUAAUAUCAAUGUCAUUCAGUCCACAAACUGUUACUGAAAAAGUACAACAAGAUGAGAAAGGCGAUAUUUAGUAAACUUACAGGAUGGAGAUUUAAUUAUUUGAAAUAUGGCUCCCAUUACAAAAACUCUUAACAUCUGCUAUUUCAGGGAGUUUGACCUGAGUUAUGCUCUUCCCAGCUAAGCAGUGUAUAAUCUCUUAAAUUCUAUGGUGCUAGAAAUCCUUCAUUCUUAAGCUUCACAUAUUCUCUCUCUGAACAUAACUGAAAUGUUUUGAUGGUUCCUAAAUGUAAUAAGCUGUUUGAAGCACCAGCUUUGUAGCCGCUAAACCGAAAUUGUUUUUCUAAAGCUCUUUGGGGAACAGGGGUUUCAGGACUGCUGUGCAAAGGUCUGCUCAAUUUCGGUUUCUACUGAAUGACAAGGUAUUUUUUACAACUUGCUAGCUUUCAAUAGGAGCAUCAUAGCAGGAUGUUAUAAGGAAAGAAAACAUAACAAGCCUGGAAAAUGUAUCGCGUUUUUGAAAAAUAUAAACAGCACAUUUUUUGUGAACUGAGAACAUCUGAAAAGACUGCCUGUACCAUUUUAGUCUCCUUACACGUAAUAAAACAGAAAACUUUGUCAUAAAGAAGGAAAAAUUUUGGUAAUGAUGUUGACCUUUGCUUUCUAAUACAGUCUGCAGUGAUGUUACAGGGUAAGUGUUGAAUGUACAUGAAAUGUUACUCAUUUAAAUGUCGUUGCAUGACAUACAUGACUACAUUUAUGUUUAUAUUUGAACUGAAUGUGGUUUUAAUAUUUAAUAAUGUAGCAUUACAGUUCUCUCGUGGUACCACUAAUUUUAUUUCAGCAAUACUAAAAGUUACAUGUGUGUUUUCCCAAAGCAUUAGAUUAAUUUACCUAUUCUUGCAUGGAAAACUAUUGUUACUAUAGCUUAAUGUUUAUCAUCAAAUAGUUCCUCAAGUAAUCUUCCUCAAGCAACAAGAAAGAUUUUUGCUUGAUUCUAGUGUCUGGCAUUAUUUCCCGUCCAAACUUUUUAUAUCUUAAAAAAUGUAAAGAAAAAAAUGUUAUUUUAAUGUGUGCGUAAAGCACUGAUAGAGCGAAAAAAUAAAUAAAAUUCCCGAAUCCUUACCCCUGCAAAAAGAAAAUAAGCUGCAGGUAUAGUAAUGUUUAAAAGUUCCCAUCUGCAUGUGCAAUUUCCUUAGUUCUCCAAUAUUAAUUGAAAUAUGUCAGUUUACUUACAAAUAAGACUAUAAAAACUUGCUGUACACCAGUGCUUCCUAUAUCUCUAUAAAUCACAAUCUCACAUCAAAAGACUAACAUCGAACAAAGCUACUUGCUAGAGAAAUGCAUGUAAAACUAAUGCUGUCUUUUGUAGAAGACAAACAAAACUGCUGCAGCUUAGAAUCAGAUGGAAAAAAUAACCAUUUAAAACUAUUUUUUCUCUCUCUUCAGUGAAUUACUGUGCAUUCUUCCUUUUUUAAAAACGUAGGAAAGGUAAGUCAAUAUAUGCAGUCGUCCGAUAUAUAUUUUACUAUAGAUUUAGUAAAUUAAAUGUAUACACAUUUCAGUGUAUGCAGAUGACUGAUUAUGUAAGUGGAUAUGAGCUGUGACAAGAAGUACAAGUUGGUGAAAGAAUCUGGUCUAAUGGUGUGCCAUAAAAUAUAAAGUUUAUGAUCUCAAGGAUAAAAUGAUUUCAAUAAACAAAAAAAUAUAUUCUCUAAAGUCAGCAUGUAUUGCUGAAUAAUCAAAGCAACUGUGAUUUCUGCAUUUGCAAUAUGGCUGGCAUUGUUUGCCAUUCAGAUUCCCUAUUUUUCCUAAGUUUCUCAAGCCUAAGAGUAUGAAUUGCAGACUUUUGUAUUAUUCAUAAACAAUUACUAUUUAAGUUGCACAAUCUGCAAAAGCUAGCAGAAUGAUCAUGAAGUGUAUUAAUUUUUUAAACAAUGUUAAUAUAUUCAUUCAUUCUAACAGUCUAUCUCUGUG